GCAGGUGCGGCGCCGCCCGCGGGAACUACAAGUCCCGGGAUGCCGCGGGGCGCGGGCGGCGCGGCGGCGGCGGCUGUGGCUGUGGCGGCGGUGGGGGCGUAGCGAAGAUGGCGGCGGGGGCGCUGCGCCCCGCUCCCGGCUGAGGUGCGGUCGCGCUCCUCUGCGCCUCAGGAGCGGGCGGCGGCAGCGGCGAUGUCGGAGCCGGAGCACCUGGGCGGGAAGCGGGCCGAGUCGGCGCGGCUGCGGCGGGCCGAGCAGCUGCGGCGCUGGAAGGGCUCCCUCACGGAGCAGGAGCCGGUGGCGGCGGGGGGCGGCCGCGGGCGGCACCGCGGAACCGGGGGGUCCCGAGUCCGCUUCGAGGAGGGCGCCGUGUUCCUGGCCGCCUGCUCCAGCGGGGACACCGAGGAGGUGAAGCGGCUGCUGGGCCGCGGCGCCCGCGUCGACACCACCAACGUGGACGGGCUGACAGCCCUGCACCAGGCCUGUAUAGAUGAGAACCUGGACAUGGUGAAGUUCCUUGUAGAAAAUGGAGCCAACGUCAACCAACAAGACAACGAGGGCUGGACCCCUCUUCACGCAGUGGCAUCGUGUGGCUACCUGAACAUAGCAGAGUAUUUAAUUAGUCAUGGAGCUAACGUGGCUGCUGUGAACAGUGAAGGUGAAGUCCCGUCUGACAUCGCAGAGGAAGCAGCCAUGAAGGACCUGCUUCUGGAACAAGUAAAGAAACAAGGUGUAGACCUAGACCUGGCAAGAAAAGAAGAGGAGCAGCAAAUGCUACAGGAUGCCCGACAGUGGCUGAACAGUGGGAGAAUCGAAGACAUAAAGCAGCCCCGGACAGGCGCCACAGCUCUUCACGUGGCUGCAGCUAAGGGCUAUUCGGAAGUGAUGAGGCUCUUGAUCCAGGCUGGCUUUAAUUUGAACGUCCAAGACAACGACGGCUGGACUCCGCUCCACGCUGCUGCGCACUGGGGAGUGAAGGAAGCUUGCUCCAUCCUGGCAGAGGCGUUGUGCGACAUGGACAUCAGGAACAAGCUGGGCCAGACGCCGUUCGACGUGGCUGACGAGGGACUGGUAGAGCAUUUAGAAAUGCUGCAGAAGAAGCAAACUGUGCUACGAAGUGAGAAGGAGACGAGGAAUAAGCUAAUUGAAGCUGACAUGAAUGGCAAACCUCAAAGCGGACUCUUCACGAACAAAGAGAAGAUUCUCUAUGAGGAAGAUAUGCUGAAGUCCAUGGAGAUGGAGGAAGAGAACAAGGACUCUAGCAGUUCUAGCUCUGAAGAAGAGGAAGAAGCUGAAGAAGAUGAAGUUUCAGAAUCAGAUGCUGAAAAGGAGUCAGAAAGGAAGGAAGAGUCCUUUGCCAACCACUCCAGCCAUGAAACCAGGCCUAGCAUCUCUGAGCAAAUACCACCACCAGAGCCCAACUCCUUCACUGCAUCUGCCAGAAGAUUCAGUUGGCUCAACAAGUCAGAUGAGCAGAAGGACGAGUCACCUUCAUCGUGGCGGCUGGGUCUACGGAAGACUGGCAGCCACAACAUGUUGAGUGAAGUUGCUGCUACUCGUGAGGCUCAGAGAGAUAAGACUUCUAUCUAUCGUUCUUCAUCAAGUCCUCGGAUAUCUGCGUUAUUAGACAACAAAGAAAAGGAUAAAGACAACAAGAGCUAUCUUGCCACAAUAGCCCCCAGAAGACUAAGCAGUGCCAGUGAUUUAGAAGAAAAAGAAAACAGAGAAUCAGCCGUUAACAUUGUGCGGAGUGGCUCUUACACCCGGCAGCCGUGGAGGGAUGAAUCCAAGGGAAACGAAGCUCCCCAUUCUGGUGCUCCUACUACCUACGUAUCUACAUACUUGAAAAGUGCUUCAUUUGGUAGAAGUAGUGACCUCAGCAGUCCCUACAUUUCAGCCAGUCGCAAUACAUCUCUAGCUACCUCACCCACUACCACUGGUUCAUCUACCUCCCCGAGCGCCCCGUGGCGACCUGCCUCUGCCUCUCCCACAACUCUCGGUGCGACCACUGCUGCGUCAGGCCGCCAGUAUACCAGAGCCCCUUUCAGGCUACAAACUGAUUCCGCUGUAGAGAAAAGUACAGAGGGCCUCUCUGCUAGCACCCCCCUAGGUGUAAUCACAAACCGUGCUGUGCUCGGCUCUGCUAACGGUAUUGCCAAUGCCGGUGCUGCCUCCGCUACAGGAAAGGACUUCUCAGCUGAGGAAGCCAGGGAGCGCAGAAGGUCAUAUCUGACUCCAGUACGGGAUGAGGAAGCAGAAUCACUGAGAAAGGCACGAUCCAGACAGGCUCGACAGACUCGCAGGUCUACACAGGGUGUGACGCUGACAGACCUUCAGGAGGCAGAGCGAACCUUCAGCCGGUCUCGGGCAGAACGGCAAGCUCAGGAGCAGCAAAGUGAGAAAGCUGAGAGCACUGAGCCUGCUGAGGACAGCAGCGAGAGGCAGGAAACCCGGUCACGGUGGAGCAGAAGUACAGAUGAUGAGACUGUCUAUCGGCGAUUAAGGUGCCCAGCACAACCAGACAAACCUACAACACCUGUAUCUCCUUCUACGUCAGCACCUCUCCUUUAUACAAGUUCUUACCUAACUCGAACAAAUAAGUAUCUGGGUCAUGACUCUGUGAAUCCAGCAGACUUCAGAGGUGCAGCCACAGUGAUGGAGAAAAAUGAGUGCGAAGAUCCAGAUUUAGACGACAGAUCUUCAAACAAACAGUCGAUCCGAGAGAGGAGGCGGCCGAAAGAGAGGCGAAGAGGCACCGGCAUCAUUUUCUCAACAAAAGAUGAUGAUGAUGAAGUUGAUGGCAAUGAGGAAGUGAAGGAAACUCGGCAUGAAAGACUUUCCAGGUUGGAAGCAGCUACAAACCCUACUACUGCCAGUGACUCCUCCUCCUACAGCGAUCGUGCCUCCAGCCGCUCCAGUGCCUACACCCGGAGGGAGAACCGGUUAGCUGCCCUCAGCAGCAGAGCAGAAGAGGAGAGUAACAGGGACUAUAAAAAGUUAUAUGAAAGUGCCCUGUCUGAAAAUCAAAAGCUGAAGUCAAAACUGCAAGAAGCCCAGCUUGAGUUGGCCGACAUCAAAUCAAAGUUGGAAAAAGCAGCCCAGCAGAAACAGGAGAAAACUUCUGACCGGUCUAGCAUGCUGGAGAUGGAGAAAAGGGAGAAGCGAGCCCUGGAGCGGAAACUCUCUGAAAUGGAGGAGGAGAUGAAGUUUCAGUUUGCUGAUCCUCUGUGCUAGUCUGCGGCCCAAGUUAAGCCGGUGCGGUUCUCUCCGGAUGGCAUGUCACUGGAAGGCUGUGGCAGUAAGUCAGCCUGGAAUGGAUUUCAGCAAAGAGGAACUUGCUUCCUGAUGAAACGUACAGCAUGGCUUACUGUCACGGGACGUCCCCCACUGACCGCUCCUUCGCGUUCCCCUCUCUCUCGUGGCAUUGCUUCGGAGGACGGUGGCCUCCUGCCAUGGCUGGGAUGCCCUGCGAGCAUGGGGCUGGCGGGGAGCACUGCAGAGCAGGAAGCAGAGUGUCGGCCGCCUCAGUACACCUGAACCUUCUCACUGAUUUUGCAGCGUUACAUCAUUGUACGCUGUACGUUAAUGCUCGUGUUCGCAGAAUGCCCCUCUUUGCUCAGUGUCCUGUGCUUCCCUUCCCUCUGAGCAUGAUCCAGGUGGGACCAACCUACUGUAAAGACUCGGGGAUGAGAGCCGAGAGCUCUCUCACCACGGUGCGCUGAUGGAAAUGAUUUUCUGCCAUCCUCCAGGAGGUUCCAGCUUCAUUUUUCUAUUUCAAGCUUCGUGUAUUUACCAGUCUUUGAAGGACCCACUGGCUUGUGCUAUGUCUUCUGCUGCAGUGAGCAGCAGAACAAUUUGGUGGAGUCUUACUGCAAAGGCUCUCUUCUUCUUUCAAAGAGGAGAAAAUAAGUGUGGAUGUGCUAGCUAGAAGGGGAAGGAGAAAGGACUGACUGUGCCUGAAUUUCAGGUCCUUUGUCCACUCCACAGGUGGCAACAUUUAACUCCAGAGAGACCUCCCCAUCAUUACAGAAAUGGGCCCUUCAAGAGGAAACACAGGCGGUAGCAUUUUGUGUUGUUUCUUUCGCUCUGUAGAUUACUCCACAAACCAGCGCGGUCCUUGGAGUAAGAAGACAAAUUGGUGUCCUCUAGUGGUCUGUCGGUUCUGAGCAUUUAUAUUGGUUCAGAAAGCAAUUAGUGACAUAAGGGGCCUGUAGGGACUGUUGGAUGCUGCCAGAGCUCCUCUGGUUCGGGUAGUUGGGAGCUGCAGGCUGAUGGAGGCCAAGAUGGUGCACUGGGAAAAGCACUGCCAGAAGUUCGAGGUGUUCUUGUAUUACCCUGGAGCUGCUGGUCAGUGCUGGGGACAGCACAUGAGCUAAAGCAGGCUGUGGUCUGCCUGGAAAUGAGCUAUCAGAUCCUCAAGAGUGAUGCUUGCUCUUUGCUCCCUGCUGUGUUCCUACUGCAUUAAACAACCAAAAUGGGCUUUUGUUAGUGGAAUAAAUAGACACGGAAUUUGAAAGUAUCUCUUCUGAGGUCCUAUUGUGUUUCCUUUUCAAAUCCUCAAGAUGCAAUUGUGGUGGAAAAGUUAACUCCAUCCCAGCCAGACCCAGUACAACGCCGAGUACCUGUGUGUGCUGCGACAUUUCUUUUGUGACAGCCACUUAAAAAAAGGAGUAUGAAAUCUCUGACAAUAAAAACGUUGAGCUGGACAAGUCCAUGAGGAAAACAGAUUUUCCAUGUCCACUUACAUCACGUCUUAAAGUGGGAGAGUCGGCUCAGUUGUGUUUGUGCAGAGUGAGAUAACCUCUGCAGAACAUCUGCGUUAAUCCCUGGUGUGUAAGUAGUGCCAGGAAUCAAAACUAUUAAUGCUGGCUGGACUUGCAUUCCUGCUACUUUCGCUAAUUGAAUUGCUAUCGAGCAGAAUCAGAAGGAAUAAGCAAUUUAAACGAACCCACCAGUUUCUGUUAAAGGUGGAGAGCAGCAAGGGGAGAUAACCAACCAUGCCAGGUUAUGACACUUGACUAACACUGCAGCUUUCAGGAUUCUUCCCACCAGUCUUUGAAUGGAACCAGUCCGUCCUGGCUCGCGUCCAGCCUCUUGGUCUUUGUCCAGCUCAGUGCCUCAGGUGUGGCCGGAGCAACGUGAAAGCAGCUGACUUCUGUGGAAGAGGAGGCACAGCAAUGUCACAGAAAGCUCCUGGGUUGCUGGGACACAAAUGCUGUGCACUUCAGCCCGAGCUUGAGGUACAAAGCUUCGUUCCUGCCAUGAGUUUACCCACCGCUGAUGAAGCUGUCAAGAAAUGGAGAGGGACAGGAUGAAAUCGGUGAUCUCAAAGAACUCCUUGAUGCUAGAGGUGCUCCUGCGGGCCUGCUGUUGGGAAGGUGACAGGGUGGUACAGCAUUUUCCUAAGUGACUGCAGAAUUUGACUGGAGAUAAAGCAACUUGGCUGAGGAAGGAGAAAGAAAAUUAGCAUUUGCACUGAACUGAAUUCAGUGCCAAGUGCCUGAGGUCCCAACUUAACACAGCAAUUUUCCUUGAAGGUCACAGAAGCUUCUUUAUUCUGUAGCAGCACUGCACCUCCUGGCUUUGUACAUUGUGCAUGCUUUGGGCAUUUUUAUUUCCCCUAGUGCUGCAGGCACAAAAUCCUGUAAUUGAAGGCAAGUGCAGCUGAACCGAGAAGCCUGCUUUCUGUGAGCCAAGUAUCCAGCAGAGUGAUAAGCAAUCACAGCGGUGUCGUCCAGAUUCUGGUCUUUGCCCUUGGCUUCAGGCCCAGCUUUCCAGCCUUCACUAGGUGUCUUUGAGCAUGAUAAAUAGAAAGCCGUCCUACCUGCAGCGCACACACAUUUGUGCAUAGGUGAUCCUUUUUAUCUCCUGCGGCAGGGUGCUGAGGCUGAGCUGCGUCUGAUCGCGCCACGCUGCAGUUUUGUGCUGUAUUGGUGUGGAAAAGUAGAGGUGGCCUCUAAAAUGACCACAAUCCUUUCCACCUCCCGUAGCACGGCACCCCCGUUGACAUAUGUUUGACGUUUUCUGCCAGCCAGAUGCUCAGCUGAGUUCCCCGUAAGGAAACGGAGAACAUUUGUAAUCCGGGACAGCACAAAACGAGAUGGCUCUUCCAGCCUGAGCGUUCCCCCUGCAGCUCCUGGGGACGGUCGGUGACGGGACAGCCACGGCCUGAGCUGUGACGUCCAUCUGUCCUCACCGGGCGCAGAACAGCCUGCCCACCAGGAUGGUGGCCAGGAUUUGGGGACAAAUGUCCCCGCUGAGGUGUCCCGGGAGCUUUCCUGCCCCAUGGCUCUGUCUCAGGACCUGCCGGU